GCUGAAACAGUCAGACAUAAGGUGUUUAGCUAGAGCGUGCAUGUUUAGCUAACACAGCCAUAGAGGUACAAGGUGCAUGUCCAGCUAAAGCAGUCACAGAGGUAUCCGGUGCGUGUGUAUUGAGCACAAGGGGUUUAGAUAAAGCGACGGAGAAUGAUACGAGUACAAUAUGUGCGGUCGCUAUUCGUGUGCAUUGCAUGAGGAGACUAUACUGAACGAAGCACGUGUGCGCCCUGAGAACUGGGUGGGUCGAGAGGCGUACAGGCCCAGUUAUAAUGUUGGACCCUCUCGAAGCCAGCCAGUAUUAAUCGCCACUAAGGGAAAGACAGCUACGGAACCAAGUGACGAAUCACACAGAAGAACGACAGAUGAAGAUGGUGGAGGAGAUGGGGGGUUAGAUCACGACAGUUCAUAUACGGGAACACACAGAGAGCUGCAUGCAAUGCGAUGGGGGUUGUGGCCCAGGUGGUCCAAAACACAGGACGAAGCGUACAAGAGUAGUUUCCGAACCAUCAACGCUCGUAGCGAGUCUGUGCAGGAGAAGGUCAUGUUCAAGGGACUCGUAGACACCAGACGUUGUGUAGUACUGUGCGAAGGGUAUGGCGGAUGGGUUGUGAGUAUGGCUCCGUAUAUCGAGUGUGUAUAUUUACAUACUGUGCAUAUGAUAGUGUUGCAUGAGUAUAUGAAGUGA